UCAGAGCAUUGCUGCUGGUGUUUGCGCUACUCGGCCUGUCGACGCGUACUCUCCCGGGCAAAGCACCAUGGCGUUGGAACUGCUCCCGCAAGUCAAGGCCAUCCUCAUCCUUGACGAGGAUGGUGGCCGCGUUUCUUGCAAGUACCACGACCGCAAGGAGUUCCCAAACCUCGGAGCGGAGGCGAUGUUCGAGCACAAGCUCUUCAGAAAGACUAAGAGCGUACAUGCUCCCACGGAGGCGGACGUGGUUUUGCUUGACGACGUCGUGGCGGUGUUCAGGAGCGGGCUCGACGUGCAUCUCUAUGUCGUUGGGUCUACGGAUGAGAACGAGCUCAUCCUCACAGCCGUGCUGGACGCUUUGCACGAGACCCUUCUCAUCCUUCUUCGGGGACAGAUCGACCGGCGAACUCUGCUGGACAACCUCGCCCUGGUGUUGCUGUCCAUCGACGAGCUCGUGGACGCGGGAAAGAUUUUGGAGAUCGACCCCUCGGCGAUUGCGAACAGGGUGCUCAUGCGCGGGGCUGACGCGCGGGCCCCCCAGAAUUCAGACGUGAACAUCCCCCAGGCGAUCGCAUCGGUACGCGAAGAGUUUAUCAAGCGAAUGGGAAACUGAUGAGCGGGCGACCUAGCCUGCUGGUUUUGGACGCGGCGGGGAGCGGAGUGGAGCGCAUGCGGAUGCUACCACACGCUACCGUGGUGGUUUGGCUGUUUGGGGGUGAUGGCUAUGCAACCAUUUUUGGGUUGUACAGUAUUGGGCUAGACCGUGGGAUCGGUGCCUCAGAUGAGCAAUUCUAAACAGUUCAUUCCCCUCUGACGGACGGGAUCCUUCAAGGAUCACGAUCACGGUUGGUCAAUUGCACGGUGGCCUAGGCUUCGGGUUAUUUGCUUCCCCCGCAGAGUUUCACGCAGUUUGUAUCCACGUAGUCGAAACGGUAGUUUUGUCAGGUUAGAACCGAGAGGGGUUUGGAUGGCAAAGCGGUUGGUGACCUUUUUUGGACAGCCACGCAUGCUGCAUGACCACGCGUCGUAACGUUUUCAUCCGCCCAAGCGCCGUCCAUCCGUCUAAUCGCCACUCACUCGUAAUCCCCUCAUCACCGGGCCAGCGUGUUGCGCCUUUGGUAGGUAUGCUGCAUCUUGUGCGAGCUAGAGGUUGUUGUACGAGGGGUGGUGGGGUUGUUCGUUUUAGGGUGUGGGUGGACAAGACACCAGGGGGAAAACUUGACUCGUAACCACGUACACAACUUGACAGAAUGUAAUGAUCUCCAGGGUUCAACUCAACACUUCUCGGAACACAAAAACUUGAACCCCCCGCUGGUUUUCGUUUUCACCGUGACCCGUCGGGAACUUGGAGGUUUCAUGUGGUGCCGCGACGUGAAAGACGCAAAGCUGCAAAUGGCGAUGGCAUACAUGCGCAGGGUUGUGUGCAGGGAUUUGCCAAGGGUGUUGGUAUUUCGAGCGCCAAACCUGCUUGCUGCGUUCCCCGCGUCCUGUUUCCGUGCGGCAGGCAAGCGUCUUGCUGUUGUCAAGCCGUAUCUACGCGUGU